AUGGCGACGCCACUGACCAUACUGCAUGACUGGUGCAGGUGGAUGGGCGUGAACGAGCACCGUUCCCUGCUCAUCCUGGGCAUCCCUGACGACUGCGGGGAGGAGGAAUUCCAGAAGGCCGUGCGCACUGCCCUGUGGCCCCUGGGCAUGUACCGAGUGCUGGGCAAAGCGUUCAGAAAGGAGCUCGGAUCCAGGGUCGCCUUGGUCGAGUUUGCUCAGUAUUUAAACCGAAGUUUGAUCCCCCGACAAAUACCAGGCAAGGGAGGACCCUGGCCUGUGGUCUUUCUGCCCCAGGCCCCCGAUUCAGAGUCACAGGAUAGACCAGAUUUCCCCGCACAGCCCCAGAGGCAUGCAGGAGUUGGCCAGGCAGGUGUGUUUUCUGGGAUGGAAGAGCCAGACCAAGAGGAAGAGUCCUUUGAGAGCUGGGUGGACCAUGCCAACGACAUGCUGUACACAUGGCGCCACGUGUCAGAAAGGGAGAGGAAAAGGCGGCUGGUGGAAAGCUUGGGUGGCCCCGCGCUGGAUCUCAUGUGCAGCCUCCUGGCAGAAAAUCCCGACAUGCCUGCGCAGGAUUGCCUGGCCGCGCUGGUCCAGGUGUUUGGGAAGAAGGACACCUGCAUGACUGCACGGCUCAAGUUCCUGACUUGUGCCCAGCGGCCCCAGGAGACUCUCUUUGCCUAUGUGAUGCGCCUGGAAGGCCUGCUGCAGUCAGCCGUGGAGAAGGGGGCCUUCCAUCCUGUCAUCGCAGACCAGGUUCGCGCCAGGCAGGUGCUGAUGCGGGCCCGCCCGAACGAGAUGCUCCAGAGCAAGCUGAGGAGGAUGCGGCUGGAGAGGAGACCACCUGGCUUCAUGGGGAUGCUGCGGCUCAUUCGGGAGACCGAGGCAUGGGAGGCCGCCUCAGGUAGGGGUGAGCAAUUCCAAGCGGAAGAAGGAGCCUGUGUGGACAUGGGAGGGUUGCCGGCUGCCCAGGCUGCCCUCGCCAGUGAAGAGGUUGCUGAAGCCUCUCCAGCCAAUGAAGAUGCUUUCCAGGCUGCCCUGGCCCUUGAAGUCAUCACCGAGGGCACCCCUGCCGGUGCAGAGGAAACCAAGGCCUCCCCAGCCGACGAAGAUACUGCCAAGCCUGCCCCAGUGAAUGUGGAGGCCAGUGAGGCAGUUCCUGGCACUGCCGAAGCUGGUAGGGCUGCUCCUGAACCCCAUGAUGCUGCCACGGCUGCCCCUGCCCCUCAGGAGAUCUCCAAGUCCUUCCCUGCCACUCAGGAAGAUGAAAAUGCUCCCUCCUCUGUGGGCCUAGGUCAGGCAAGACCCUCCGAGGCCCCUGGGGGCCCCACUCCUGCCCAGAUGGGCAGUGCUUCCAGGGUGGGCCCAGGAGGUCCUGGCUGUGAGCCAGAGGGUCUCGCCCAGGCAGGAGACCAGGAGGCUGGGGAGCCCCCCGAGGAGGGGCUCAAGCCCAUCCCAGAAGAGUCGGAAAACAAGGAUGGCGCUGGGGAGACGAGCCCCCCCAAGUCCUCCUCAGGCAAAUAGGCUCAGAGGGCCCAGGGGCCCCCUCUCCUCUCAGGCAGCAGAGUUCUGGAGGCAGAGGGAGGCCAUGCCAGGGCAACAGCCUCGCCCCACAUUGAGAGUAGGGCCGAGGGAACAGCCCACUCACCCAAACAAAUUCCCAGGACCCCACCUCCCCAAGGCACCCUAGCCAGCACCAUUAGCCCUUCCAAAUGACCAAGAUGACCAUGCCU